GGUAAAGCGAGACUCGCCUCUCGCCUGUAGACUAUUAGGUUAUGUUGGAAGUUGGAUCUGGCUUUGUUUGAUCUGUUGAUUGUUGAAACAUUUUGCAUUUUGCGGUGAAUACAGACUACUGAAUUAUAGUAAUGGUUCAUUAAGUUAGAAGUGAUUUAUAUGUUGCAAUGGAUUUGAAAAACUGGAUGACUAAUUUAGAUGAAGAAGUGAAAACUGUUCCAGUCAUCUUUCUAUCCAUUCCAGGAAGUCAUGAUUCAAUGACUUACACGAUAAAUGAAUCUUCCAAAGUUGCACCAGACGCCCAGCUUUUCGUCAAAAUACUGACAAAAAUAUUCGGGAACAUUGUUAAACGUAUUGUUCUCAAGUGGAGUAUUACACAAAACUCAACUGUCGAAGAACAAUUGAAUUAUGGUAUCAGGUAUUUUGACUUGAGGCUAGCAACAAACGAUACUGACAGUAACUUCUACAUAACUCAUGCGUUAUUUGGCGAACAAAUUGAUAAUAUUUUAAUUGAAAUCAACAAAUUUUUGACUGAAAAUGAGCAAGAAAUUGUUAUCUUGGACUUCCAACAUUUCUAUGGAUUUACACAAGAUGAUCAUCUGAGAUUUAUGAAUUUGGUGGAGGUCAUAUUUUGUGAAAAACUUUGUCCUCUCCCGUGGGACAUAAAUACUGUUACGCUGUCCUGGAUGAGAGAUAAAUCUUAUCAGGUUAUAGUCAUCUAUAGAAACAUUAGUGCUGAAAGUAGAACAAGCUUCUGGCCUUCGCUACGGUAUCCCACUCCAUGGCCUGAAACAACUUCGGUGGAACAACUCAUACCGUUUCUACAAUCGUGCCUUUCCAAGAGAUACCAGAACAAGGGUCUUGUCACGCAGUGUGUGCUCACACCAGACAAUUUGUUUGUGGCAAAACAUAUCCUCAGCAGCUUGAAGAAUACAUGUGCUAUCGAGUGCAGAAGGGCGACUCUUCCAUGGCUCAACUUGCAACAUCCUGGUGUCCAAGGUGUUAAUGUAGUUAUAUCUGAUUUUAUAGACUUCAACGAUGGUGAGUUUAGCAAAACUGUGAUUGCUCUCAACGAUAAACUAUUAACACACAAGAAGGUAUAAUUUAUUAGAAAGCUACUAUUUCCAUAAUUAUGCAGAAAGGACAAAGUAUUAUUUUAAGUUCAAGGUAUAAGGUUUAAGUAAGAGGUAUAAUUACGUUUGAGUGGAAAGGUGUAAUGUAAUAGAAAGCUGGCAUUUCCAUUUACAAAUAGAACAAAGUACUAUUCAAGUAUUAUUUAAGUUUUAAGUUCCAAGUAAAGAAAGUGUUUUUAUAAAGUUAAGACAUUGCUUAAAGGCAGAGGUUUCAAACAAAAUAUUCACUAUGGAUUUUUCCUAUCAAAUUCAACUAAAGUAUACAAAUGUUUGAAAUAUUUUGUAACACUACUCAAACUACAUAUUUUUAAUUGAAUCUUGUUUAUUUUGGCCAGGUGGCUGUUACAGUAGGUGGGUUUAAGCGCUGCAUAUCGCAAUAUUUAUUUAUAAUCUUGGCAAUACUUGGCGAUAAUUGCUUGCAAAUAAUUUUGAUUCUUUCCAAUAAUCAAUUUCUUUCCCAUCUCUACAAUUUCAACCAACUUUAUAUUGGUAAAAAUAUAAGUAUUAUACACUUCAUACCAAUUUUAGACAUGGAGAAUUGAAAAAGUAUUUCAUUUCAUAAUGGUUGGUGAUUGAGUGACCACUGAUUGAUUGUUGUGGAAGCACUGCCUUGAAGAAUGUAUUGAUAUGAAACACUUUUAAUAAUAGAGCUGUGAUAUCUACUUUUCAGUUUUUUUAUAUUUGGAAUAAGGUUUCUCAAAUUCACCUAAUAUCAUGUUUGUUAGCUAGGAACAUUCUUGCUGAAUAUGAAGAUUGUGAAUCCAACUUUAGGAAUGAAUCCAAAAAAUAUAUUAGGAGCUUUUUUCAAAACUCAACAUUCCCACUCUUGAUUUUUUUGCAGGAAACUUGAAAUACUUGUAAAUCAUCAGCUAUUCUUUAUUUUUUAAAAAUUAUUUGCCUAAAUUUUACUUGCCAAUAUGUGAGUUCAAGUGCUUGAAAUCAAUAAAAUAUCAUUCCAACCACUCCCAUAAUUAAAAAAAAAGAUUCUGGACAUGUUGACUUUUGAAAAAAUAUGGAUAUGUUGACUUUUGGAAAAAAUGGAUAUGUUGACUUUUGAAAAAAAUCACUGAAUUAACCUAACAAACUUUCUUACUAAAUGAAAAACAUCACUCACUGUUUUAAAUAUGAAGACCACAGUCAUUUUCCAAGCAGUCACAAAAACAUCCUCUUCUUCAUCCUCGUUCGUCUGCUCAUCAUUGCUGGAAAGGAUGUCUUUCUACCAGUUCAAUUCCGGGAUUGUCUCCCAAUCAGCUUUAAAAUGGCUUGCCAGCAAAUUGAGGACAUCUCUCCUCUUUUCUGCUUAGAUGAUGCGAUGUGGAGGACUCUCUUGCAAAGAUACACCACCCUCAAUCUUGUUUUUUACUAGGCUAUCGAUCUGUAGUACUGGAGUUAAGUUGAUGACGAAAAUUUAUGGUUCUGAAAUAGCUGAAUCUUUGUUUCAAAAUGUAUUAUCGCUUUGAUUCACUUAUCCCUUUUAUUUUGGAGUACACUUUUUCAAGGUCUUUGAUGUUUAAAAUUCCCCAGCCAUGGGGAAUGUUAUUUCAGCCAUGGGAAUUUGUUUUUUUAGUAACUUUUCAACUAUUUCAAAUGCCUUAUCUGCAGGCAAGAACGAGUGACCUUGCACUGGAAAAGUCAACUGUAUACUUUUAAUAUUAUCAGAUCCCUAGCAGAUCCUACUUCUUUGUAAAUGUUAUUAUACUCUGAUGGAGUUUUAAUCUCGGUUUGUUUUUUUUAGUAACUUUUCAACUCUUUCAAAUGCCCUAUCUGCAGGCAAGAACGAGUGACCUUGCACUGGAAAAGUCAACUGUAUACUUUUAAUAUUAUCACUUGAUUCAGUUUUCAGCUUAUGACAUAGCGUGUGGACAAUAUAGUCCAGUCAAUAUAGACAUAAAAAA